GGCGCAAUUGUUCAUAGUCGGUCACGUACGUAGUCAUUGAACGGAUGUAUUAUGUUAUGAGUUUUGCGCAAAAUUUUAUAAUAAAACGGGCUUCCACCUUAGAUUUAUACAAAUAAUGAGUGAAGCCGCAGAAGAGUUUCUACCUGGCAUAGCAUUCAUAAUAAAUCAGAGCUUUAAUCGACCAUUUAGCAAGCAAGAUGUUAAUUUAUUGACUAGAACCUUUCAACCGUUUAAUAUCACGGUUGUCAAUUGGUCGGAUAAAAAUCUUAAUGAAAUCAAACAAAGUAUGAAAGCAUUGAAAAAGGAUUGGAAAGAGAAGUACAAUCAUUUUGAAUAUGUUAUUAUGGUGCAUUUAUCACAUGGCCAUUGUGAUGAGACAGUAUUAUAUCAAACAGAAAAUGCUGAAGUCCAUGAACUCGUUUCCAUACAAAAACUUUUGCUUAAUCCACUCUUUAAAAUUGAAGAACUAAAUGGAAAAUUAAAGUGGUUGAUUGUACAAGCUUGCAAAGGUAAUGAUGAAUUUGCAGAUGCAAAAACUGAAGGUGGUACCAUCUCAUUAGCUCGGCAGAAAUACUUUACAGAUUAUUUUCUUAAGUCUUUUUCAACAUCUGAAGGUGGUGUCUCUCGCCGUUUCUAUCUUACUGGCGCAUAUUUUAUUAAUAGAUUUUGUGAACAAUUUACUGCUAAUGCUGAAAGAAAAGGAGUUCUGGAAAUAAUGGAAGACACUGGCGCCGAAUUGAGAAAUUAUUUAAGAAAAGAUUUAACGGAGACUCUUCAGUUACAGCAACCCGCAGAAAACCAUAGAAAUUUUCCAGGCGAUUUCUAUCUAGCACGACGUUUAUCUCACAAGAACUUCCAAAUUUAACGUUUAAAUUAAAUUAAAUAAAAAGUCAGAAAAACAAGCAUUGUUAGUGAUUAACAUUUAAAAAAA